AUGACAAACAGUGAGGGAAGCCGCGCUUCACAGAGGAGAAUGGUUGAGGGUGAGUCAAGCAAUGCAAGAGAGACAAGGCUUAAGAUGCAAGCCGAUUUGGAGAGGAUGGAUCAGAGGAUGGAAGAAUCUGAUGCAGAGGAGUAUGUCUACUCUGAGGAACAGUCUGAGAGUGAGAGGCUGAGGGAAGAAAGGAGAACCAAGAAGAGGAAUGACCCUAUAAGUAGUGAGAGUGAGCAAGGGGAGUUUGAGAUUGGAGUGAACCUUGUUCAAGAGGGGGAAAUGGCUCUCCAAAUGAGGAAGGCAGUGAGGAAACUGAGAGUGAUGAGGAAGGAGAAGAGGUGA